GCAGGGGGAAAGCGUGCAGUGAACAGCCUGUACAGAUUUUAGACAGUGUUUUAGAGCUUUAGUGUUAAGGCAUAUAUAAGUAGGGCAUUUAACAUAAGGCUUUUCGAACAACUAAACUUUACAGGGGUCACAGUUAAGAGAUAGACACACAGGUUUUAUAAGACAAAGAAUUUGGCCAGACUGCGCGCGAGCAAAGAGGCACACAAAGGAAAUGCGAUCGAUAUGAAAAUAUUAACGUAAAGUGGAGCUGUUUAAAUUACGGAGAUAACUUGUCUUCAAAUAGUUGGCAAUACAGACAUUUCUCAAGCUCUGGUAUAACUUGCAGCCAGUGGAGCGGUCUUUGCUAAAAUAGACACAUCAGCUUUCACUCGGGAUUCUGGAUUUUUCAGCCCAGUAAUACUAUUUGUGUUGUAUUUAUGUGUUGGACAUUUGUUCUAAUCGUGUAGCUACAUUGUUGAGCUAUUUGGCUCCAUAGCUUUCCGUUAUGUGAAAAGCUGCCAUGAUGGCGAUAACCGUGAACAGAUAUAUGUUCGGAGAUUCAUAUCCUGAAAUCGAAAGAAUGCGAGCUAACUAGCAACUAGCAUUCAGUAGGGACAAGACAACGUCUGGCGAGGUGUUCCUUAGCAGAGCUAGUCGGUAAGCAAAUUUGGCCACCCUGCUAGCCGUUUAGAAGAGGGCAGUUAACGUUAAAUGUCAGGUUUCGGCUCAUUCAUCCAAUGUCAGGUUUAAGUGUGGUUGGCUUGAAUACGGUCGACUACUUUAGAAGCUGGUCUUUACAUCUAACAGCGGUGACGACAACGUUAGUGUUUGAAGUAGUGUGAAGUUAGCAUUUAGCUAACAGGCUAAUUAGUUAGCUUAGCUGAAGCUAACGGUGUCGCUACCCAUUGCAAAGUAACGACAGCCAGCCGUUUACGUUACUCCCACUGAGUUUAACUAACAGGGAACGAACAGUAAUUGUUUUUUCUUCGCGACUAAAAUGGCAACCGCGGCAGGCGAGGCCCUGUUUUUGAUUAAGGAUGUGAAGCCGGGGUCGAAAAAUCUGAAUAUCGUUUUCAUCGUGUUGGAAAUAGGACGAGUGACCAAAACGAAAGAUGGUCAUGAGGUGCGCUCGUGCAAGGUGGCAGACAAGAGCGGGAGCAUCGCCAUCUCAGUUUGGGACGAGCUCGGCAGCCUUAUUCAGGCAGGGGACAUCAUCAAGUUGACCAGAGGCUAUGCAUCCAUAUGGAAAGGCUGCCUGACCCUAUACACUGGAAGAGGAGGGGAUCUGCAGAAGAUUGGAGAGUUCUGCAUGGUGUAUUCAGAAGUGCCCAACUUCAGUGAACCAAACCCAGAGCUGCUAGCCCAAACAAACCAGCAAAACAAAUCUGGUAAACCAGACCAGAAUCAGAGGGGGAACUCUCCGCCAAAUCAGAAUUCAGGUACACCUGCGCCACCAGGUAAUGGUGCCAUGCCGCCAUUUGCCAACAACAACCCACCCCCUGGUGCCCCCCGUGACCCUGCAUUUGGGAGCAUUGGGCGACCCAACGGGCGGACGCCUGGCAACGGAGCGCCUCCGGCUACCGCUGCAGGACCCCCAACAGCUGCAAAGUCUUCAGUUACCAUUAGCAAUGGCAGGGACCCACGGCGUGCCAAAAGAUGAAAUUGGGGUUGGGGGGGGAAUCAAGUGGAAAAACUAUGGACAUCCCCACUUCCCCUUGACCCUUUUUUUUCUUUUCUUUUUACAUUUCUGCCCUUUCCCUUUACAGACUGUAUUGGCUCUCAAAAUGAACUAAAUUAGGGACUGCUUGCAUCAUUUUUAUACAGGCUAACAUAGUUACUGUAAAUGUGUCGUAUGUCGCGCGUAGGACGAAUAGCGCUCUCAGUAAGCAGCACAGUGUGAUUGUGAUCUACCACUUGAUGCACUAGCAGGACUUCUCAUAUAGUCGAGCCUUGGUGGUUGAGUUGUGGUUAGCCUUCUCAGUCCACAGCCGUGUCCUCGAAAUCUCACUGCAAAUCGCCAGUUGUGUGCCAGUGUUUCCUGCCCCCAUACACUGUCCUAAGCCCCCCUCCCUGUUAUGCUUUUUUCAAAACUACACACCCUACUUGAACACUUGAUGCACUUUCUGCUCUUAAUUU